AUGAAACGGUUAGCAAACAACGAAAACGGCGAGGUGCAGCGACGUAUCCUUGCCAAGGUGAUGGUGGCGUUGCCGAUUCACACCGUCAUGUCGAGGCAGAAUGAUGCGGGUGACGCGAAGAAGCCCGACAUACCUCCCUCCGGUGGUCCGACGGAUGACAUGUAUUUAUACACGGCAAUGAAUGAGGACGCGGUGGAUGUCAAUCCCUUUCUGCGUACAGUGCGGUCCUUGUCGCUGGCGCCACCGACGACGGUGAGAGUCGCGGAGCCAUUCCUGGUGGCUCCACUGCAGCGCAUCUACUACGCGGUCGACACGCGACAGAUGUAUUUUAUUGCUGCCACAGCCUUGAAGGAGAGCAAUGAGAAGCUAUUGCCUGCGCUACAGCGUUUACGGGAGCAGUACCGAGCCUUGAAGCAAGUGCUGAUGAACUCGGCGAGCCCGCACUGUGAUUCCGCACACACCCGCCCUCUCGUGUAUUCCUCCGGGCAAAGCACGCGUGCCACGGCGCAGGUGCUGGAUGCGCUCAAACUCUUGCAGCUGGAAGCGAAAUACAGCGACCUCCUUGCCACUCUGCACCGAAAUGAGUGUGCCAUUAUACACUACAACUUGCAUGUGGAGCCCUACGGCGAGUUUUUGAAGAAAAGCAAGGCGAUAUGGGGACCAUUGUAUCUCCGCACCCUGCGACUGGCCUACGCCUUCUGCGUCCUAGUCUUGGAGCUGGGUGAGUUGCCGAUUCCGCCGAGGUAUCACCCCUUUAUUGGCCCUGUGCUGCAGCUUGUGGGCUGCCACGGCGGGCAAAAGGAACUGCGUUCUCGCAUUGAGGAAUACCUCCUCGAGCUUGAAGAGCGGGCAAAGCGGGUGCUCAUGCCGCUGCUACUGCGGAAAGUGUCGGCUGAACGCAUGGGGGAGCUCGACACUGCAGCGGAAGCGGUAGCAAGCGGCCGGUGCCUUGCCACCCAAAUCAUGACGUCCCUCGCCGUGCCUGAGGACGUUCUGGCAACGCGGCCCAACCCACUGAAGCUUCCGAUGGUGUCGUUCACAGAUGUGCCUUCGAUUGCCGGUUGA